UCUUGAUUGUGAGAAAUCGUCUCUCCGCUCAGCUAAUUCUCUUUUGAUAAGAAUGAUUGGCUACCUGCUUCUUAUAGCUAUUGCGAUUUCAGUCGUUGACAGCACAUAUAUCGACCAGAACCGUCUGUUGAACGGCGGUGAAGUUCAUCAUUCUUCUGAUCAAGUGUUACCCAACAAUCGUCUCGGUGGUAGUCAAUCUACUCAAAUUGAAAAACGAAGUUAUUUUUAUUAUUGGCGUUAUUUCUCUUGCUAUGUUACUUCAUGUCCAGAUUCAUACAAGUAUAAAAAAUCUCACUGAUUAUUUCAUUUUUCAUACAUUUAAAUAAAUAUUUGGUUAAACA